CUAAUAUCGAAAAGCAUUAUAUCAUCACUAACCAGUAUAAUAGUUUAAAAAUCCUCAAAAGGGGCUGUGGAGCAUGAAAUAUAGAGCAUAGGACUAUAAAUGUUGAUGCCAAGAAAAGCACACUACAACCCAGUUCCAAAAACAGAAGAGCUGCCACUAACAACUAUACACAUUAAAUAAAAUAAAACAUGACUAGUGAGAUGAAGAGAACACAUUCAAUUGUACAGCCCCCAGUUUAUGGGAAAUAUAUUACAGUCCUUAGCAUUGAUGGUGGUGGUAUUAGAGGUUUAAUCCCUGCUAUCAUCCUUGAAUAUCUUGAAUCAAAACUCCAGGAAAAAGAUGGAAAGAAUGCAAGGAUUGCAGACUACUUUGAUAUAAUUGCAGGGACAAGUACUGGUGGUCUCAUUACGGCUAUGUUAACAGCUCCAAAUGAUGAAAGGCGUCCUUUGUUCACGGCUCAGGCCAUCAAAGAAUUCUACCUCCAAAAGUGCCCCAGGAUCUUCCCUCAAGAUUGCAACUUAUUUCAAAAGAUGGUAAAGAGUUUAUUUGGGCCACUAUAUGAUGGAAAGUACCUCCACGACUCCAUAAGAGAGAAGCUUGAUGACAUCAAAUUAGGAGAUACAUUAACUAACGUUGCUAUCCCUACAUUUGACAUCAAGAAACUCCAGCCGACAAUCUUUUCCAGCUAUGAGAUUGAGAAAAAGCCAUACAUGAACGCUAAGUUGUCAGAUAUUUGCAUCGCUACAUCAGCCGCACCAAUUUAUCUUCCUCCUUACUAUUUUGAAACCAAUGACGACCAAGGGAAGCAUGAAUUUCACCUUGUUGAUGGUGGUGUGGCUGCAAAUAAUCCGACUUUGAUUGCAAUGGGAGAAAUUUCCAAACAACUGAUUCACAAAAAUGAGGAUUUUCCAUCAUCCUUGGACUAUCGUAGAUAUUUGGUUAUAUCUAUCGGGACAGGUGAAUGCAAAAUGGAAGGAGGGAAAUAUACAACAGAGGAGGCUUCAAAAUGGGGCUUGCUAGGAUGGUGGUUCAAUGCCAAUUGGUGUACUCCAUUAGUUGAUAUUUUAACUCAAGCUAGCACUGAUAUGGUUGACAUCCAUCUUUCCGUUGUCUUCAAAACCCUUGGUGUCGAAAAAAAUUAUCUACGCAUCCAGGAGGAUGGCUUAGAAAGGACAUUGUCUCCACUCGAUAGAGCUACUGAUGAAAAUUUGAAAUCAUUGAUGAAGGCCGGUGAAAAAUUACUUGACAAGAAGGUUUCGACGGUCAAUUUAGAAAACGGAAAAUUCGAAUUCAUUCCCGACAGGAAUGAAACUAAUUCAGAGGCUCUCAAAAAAUUUGCCAAAAAGCUUUCAAAGGAGAAGAGUCGUCGUGACGAUAAAGCGCCACAAGUGUGAAAAAUAGACCCGCUCCCUAAAGUGUGAGCCAUACUAGAUGUGCUGGUGAAGACUAAGAUUGCCAUAAAUUAUCGACAUCAUAUGUAUGUAAAUAAGUGCGUGUUUAUUUUGUAAAUAAUCUUUUGAGUGAAAUAUUGAACAUUUUGUCACAUUUGUUUUGUUAAACCACUUAUGGACCAAA